UCCGCCGCCAUCCAACGUUAGCAAAGGCAGCCUCGGCGGCAAGCUCCGGGCUUUAACUUCUCUGGGCUUCAGUUUCUUCCUCUGUAAAGUGAAGGAAUUGGACUAGACGGUCCCUUCUAGUUCUAGAUAUAAGCUACGAUGGCAGGAGCCCAUCCUGCUUCGCUGCAGCCCAGUUCCACGCGCGCAUGCACGCACACGACCGCACGCACGUCCGCCCGAUGCCCCCCUGGGAGACUCAAAGCGGAAUUCGAUUAGAGGGAGGAGCGUGAGGCGCCUGCCUGGUGCAAUAUUGGAAGUGUUCGGACGUUGGAACAUUUCCGGAGGGGUUGACACGUCCGGAGCUGGGCCGGCUCGUGCUGGAUUGAGACCGGCCAACUUGAAGCUCCGCCCCGCAGCAUAUACUGGCACGAUUAGGGAGGCCUUGGCUCUACCCUCACUCUAGAUCUUGGCGGAGGGCGGACGGCAAGCGCUAUGUCUGCUUCCCGGGUACCAGAAAUCGAUGAGCUGUUGAAGGAGGCUCGGAAUGUCUUCCAGAAGGAGUUCGGGUCCGAUCCCACAGUGGCUGUGUCUGCGCCCGGCCGAGUCAACCUAAUCGGGGAGCACACGGACUACAACGAGGGCCUGGUGCUGCCUAUGGCUCUGGAGCUGGUAACAGUGCUAGUAGGAAUUCCACGGUCAGAUGGCCUCAUCUGUCUUGUAACAACCUCAGAGCAUGCUGAUGAGCCAAGGCGGGUAGAGUUCCCAGUGCCCACUGCAGAGCAGCCUUUGGAACCUGGGAUGCCAUGUUGGGCCAACUAUAUAAAGGGGGUGAUAAAAUAUUAUCCAGCCACUGGUUCCAUCCCAGGCUUCAAUGUAGUGGUGGCCAACUCAGUGCCUCUGGGGGGUGGACUGUCCAGUUCUGCGUCCCUGGAAGUGGCAACUUAUACCUUCUUGCAGCAGCUUUGCCCAGACUCAGGGUCAGCAACCGUGCGUGCCCAGGUGUGUCAGCGGGCAGAGAACAGCUUUGCAGGGGUGCCCUGUGGCAUCAUGGACCAGAUCAUCGCACUAUUUGGGCAGAAUGGCCACGCACUGCUCAUUGAUUGCAGGAACCUAGAGACGUGCCUUGUGCCCCUGUCAGACCCAGGGUUAGCUGUGCUCAUUACCAACUCCAACGUCCGACACUCACUGGGUUCCACGGAGUACCCUGUCCGGCGACGUCAGUGUGAAGCAGCCGCCAAGGCACUGGGCAAGAAGAGCUUGCGGGAGUUAGACAUGAAGAGUCUAGAGGCUGGGAAGGAGCUGCUGACCAAGGAGGAAUACCGAAGGGCCCGGCAUGUUGUGAAUGAGAUCCGGCGCACAUCCGAGGCGGCAGCUGCUCUGAGUUCUAGUAACUACAAAGCCUUUGGGCAGCUCAUGGUAGAAAGCCACAACUCCCUUAGGGAUGACUUUGAGGUGAGCUGCCCAGAGCUGAAUCAGUUGGUGACGCUGGCCCUCUCGGUACCUGGGGUUUAUGGCAGUCGGAUGACUGGAGGCGGCUUCGGCGGCUGUACGGUGACCCUCCUGGAGGCAGAGGCGGCGAGCAGAACCAUGCAGCACAUUCAGGAACACUACAAAGGGACCGCCACCUUCUACCUCUCCAAAGCAGCCGAUGGGGCCAAGGUACAGCCUUUGUGAAAGGUCAUGGUGGAGAGAACUCGCUGGACACCUCGUGCUUGAGGCUCCCUUGGAUGGCGGCGGCCGGUGGCCAGGGGAAGCCGUCUGUAUAAGCCAUUAAAUCACAAAUAGGUUGUGGCA